AUGAAGAAGGCUAUAGGAGACCAGAAGGUGCUAGACAGAAAGACUCCCAGUAAUCCUAGAUAUGCACACAUUAGGGCGUCUGUAUCGACCGGAAGCUCGCUCGCAAACAAAGUCCGGGAUAUAGAAGCAAAGAAACGAGAUGGAGAGAUUGCUGGAAACGCAGACGAAACAUUCAAACGUAUAUCACCAGCUUCUCUUGCACGCCUCCUCCUCUCUUCAACAACAGAAUAUGAUCUCGAAGAAUACGAACGCCGUCUACAUCCAUCCUCUACCCCCUCAUCGCCACAGAUUGCUCCAAUCUCGAUCGUGCAAGCCAUGAAACCACACGCUGGCACCAACAACCCACAAGCACAUGGAGUCGCUGACUUGUUGAAACGACCUCCAUCUAGUGAACUCUCUAAUUCUUUGGAUUCAUAUAGUAAUGGUACUAAUAUGUCAUCAUCAACAGCAGCAGCAACUUCAGCUGAUAUCUCAGAGAGUGGGAUAUUACCAUUCUUGUUGUUGGAUGUUCGUGAUAAGGAUGAUUAUGCUACAUGUCACAUUGUAACAUCUAGUUCAUAUCCAUCGACUACACCAGGACGAACCAUGACACAGAUUUCACGAACUUUGCUAGCAUACAAGUCACCGUCUAUUUCUCCCAUUAUCGUGUAUGAUACCGAUGGUGAAUCUCGAGGUCCUGCUACAUCUGUCGCCAUCUUCUUGUUGGAACGUGGAUGGGAUAAUGUUCGUGUCUUGUCCGGAGGUCUAGUAAAAUUCACUGAACGCUUCCAAGGCGCAAUAAUCGGCAUCCCACCAAAGCCCAAAGUCGCUCCAAUCCUACGUAAAUCUUCAGCACCAGCUUCAAUCCCCAGCGGCAAAAUCGCUCCUGCCGCAGAGGGACAGUCAUCCUUGUUUAGUAAUACUACCAGCAUGGCUCCCACACCAGCAACAUCUAAAAGCAUCAGCACCUUCUCAAUGAAGGCUGUAACGGAUAGUCUACCUCGACAAUUCGACUUGUAUGCACUUAAAGAGGCUGUGGAGUUGGCUGCCUCGUCGGCAUCGUGUGCUCCUACUCCUGCCUCGACACGACCGUCUUCUAGAGCUCCUUCUCAGGCCUCGUCGCGAUUGACUUCUAGAGCUACGUCGCCAAGGCCUGGACAACGUAGUGCUGUUAGAGUUAGUGGUGGUCUAAGACGAUGA